GAACCCUUGGGAUUAACUAAAUUUUGUAAGAAUGUUCAACGAAAGUAUUACGAACAGGAAAUCAAAGAGAAAAUCAGCUGUGGGUUUUUAUAUUCGUUGGAAAUCCCUAGCAGACUACUAGUGGACUACUAUAGUUUAGCAGUGGGAGCUAUAUCUUCUUAUAAAAUGUUAAACACCGGGUCUCUUGAGCAAUUUUAAAUAUAUUGAGCAACUAAAAUAUUUUGAUUAUAAAAUAGGAUAUAUGGAGGAGCAGCUCAUAAACUUUCAUGAUUGUAUUAAUAAGUCAAAUAAACUGUUUGUUAAUAUUAUUGUUAAAAUAAUAGACAAUAAAUGAUACAUUCAACUAUAAUUGUUAACUAUAAUACUGGUACCGCGGAAUUGUAGCUAUCAGGACCACGUGUUCUGACAGCAUGCAGUGAUAAAUUCUAUUUUGAAUAUUCUGUGAUAACAAUAAUAAUUUACUUACAGCUCCUCCAAAAUUAAACCGAGUUAUUACGAUUGAGAUCACUGUAAACAAUUCUAUAUAAUAAUUCAAGAUGCUCAAGUGUCGUGAACCAGUGUCCGCGUUCGCGAUGUAUUCUACGAAACGCAAGAGCGUAGAAUCGUCGACGAACUCGAAGAAAUUGAAGAGGAAACACAGUACCCCAGAGAGGAAGGUUUCGAGGAACGACACGAAAGUCAAAACGCGAAAGAAACCAAGAGAAACAUCCGUAAAGCAGAACCUAGUCGGGACGAACGGAGUUCUCGCAAAUAAAACACAAAAUGUGAAGAAAAAAAGUAGUACAGUAAUGUCAAGUAAGACGAGUUCAAACAAGAAGAGUGGACUGAUACAAAAACUUGUACACAAAAAGGAAAAUAAAAGGAAGGUCGAAGAAGCUGAGAAGUCUAAGUCGAGCGUGAAGAAUACCCUUGUAACUGUGAAUUCUGGCGUUGCAAAGAUGAAACGAGUCAAGCAUAAGCAGCAGAAACAAAGUAAGAAGAUGAAGCUGGUGAAGAAAAUCGACUUAGAUUCGGUUGAUCAUAUUCAACAUAAAAUGACAAUUGAGAAGAAUCAUGAGAAUCCAUUGGAGACGAGUCGUGCAACGCUUGAGUGGUUAAUUCAACCAGUGAAAGUUGAAGAUUUCUUCGAAAAGAAUUGGGAAAAGACACCGAUCCACAUUAAAAGGAACUUCCCUAAAUACUAUAAAAUGUUAAUGUCUACUCCAAUGAUCGAUAAGAUCUUAAGAGAGAAUUCUGUUGUAUAUUCAAAGAACAUCGAUAUCACCUCGUAUGCAAAUGAUGUUAGAGAAACUCAUAAUCCUGUGGGCAGAGCACAUCCCAAUGUCGUCUGGGAUUACUACAGGAAUGGCUGCUCCGUUAGGCUGUUAAAUCCACAGGCUUAUAUGCCAAAACUGUAUUCGUUGAAUGCAACACUCCAGGAGUUCUUCGGCUGCUUCGUAGGUGCGAAUUCUUACUUGACUCCACCAAACAGCCAAGGUUUCGCACCUCACUACGACGACAUCGAAGCUUUUAUAUUACAAAUCGAGGGAAAGAAGAGGUGGAGGCUGUACAAACCACGGCAUAAACACGAAUACCUGUCGAGGUUCUCGUCUAGGAAUUUCUUACAGUCAGAAAUCGGCGAACCAAUAUUAGACACUGUGGUCAACGCUGGGGAUCUGUUAUACUUCCCACGAGGAACUAUCCACCAGGGUGAAACGAUAGACGAUACCCACAGCCUUCACAUCACGCUUAGCGUUUAUCAGAAGAAUAGCUGGGGCGAUUUCAUAGAAAAGCUACUUCCAGACGCUUUGUCCAACGCGGUAGAAAGUGAUUGCGAAUUCCGAAAGGGACUACCACCUGACUAUCUGAGAUACUGCGGUUGGUUGUACGACGACGUAGAAACCGACGUGAAAGAGGCGUUCAAAAUGAAGAUAAAGCACCUGUGCACUAAAUUAAUUGAGUACAUUGACGUCGAUAUGGCUGCGGAUCUGAUGGCGAAGAAUCACAUUCAAGAGUUUCUGCCACCCGUUCUUUCGGAGACUGAAAAGAAGUGUUCCGUACUGGAAGACGGCUUGAGAAUGAUAGCGAACGGUGCAGUUGAGAAUAGAGUACAAAUAGAGCUUGAUACAAGGAUCAGAUUACUGAGAUAUCAUUGCAUAAGAGUAAUCGCAGAGGAGGAGGUUUUUAGAAUAUAUUACUCGACUGAAAAUUCGAAGGAGUAUCGCGAGUACGAACCUCAGUUUUUAGAAGUCGGCGUGGAAUUCAUACCAGCUAUUCAAGAGAUAAUAACGCGAUACCCUGAAUUCAUGCGCGUGGAAGAUCUCCCGAUCGAUGGCGAAGACAACAAAAUACAGAUAGCGAAGGAUCUGUGGGAGAAGUGUCUAAUCGUGACAGAUAUCCCGUUAUGCCCACUGGAUUAAUCGUGUACAUUUGUAAAAAGAAAUAUUGGAAUUUAAACGUCGCUGAAGGUAUUAAUAUGACGAUAUAAUGAAAUUGAUGAUUUGAUAUGUGCCAUUAGUAAACUUGAUAUCAUUUAGUAAACGCAGAUUUGUAAAAAAAAACUCCUUUUUCAUUAAUACCCACCGUCAAAAUUACUUGUAUUAAAAAAUUGUUCUUUCGUACGUUUACAUCGUACAAAUAAUAAAAAAUGUCAUAGGUACAUUUGUAUUGGACCAGAAUUGUUCAG